GUGGCGGGUUGUUGGCUGCCAUCUUGGACCUCGCUCGUUUGAGAAGCCGGCCGCCCGCAAAAAUCUUCGAGUUUCACGCGUUCGCGCGGCUUCACGUAUUCCGUAAACGGUUUGCGUGAUUUCACGACGAAUCGCCAGACCUGGCGCGGCCGAUUCAAUCAAGAUUCGGGUCCGGAAUGUAUUAGGUACUUCCAGUAGAAAAUACGUCUUAACAAUCAUAAAAAAGAUUCGGUCACGUAUAUCAUCCUUCAUAUUUUCAACAAAAUACAAUGGUGUACUUUUUUCCUCGCACAUUCGUAAUUGGGUGAGUGGAGGAGAAAAAGUAACUAGGUCUUGUAACUUUUUGAUAGACAACGGUGAAAACAUAGCAAUCAACAAAACAGAUAAUAAUAGCUAUAUAUCGGAGAGAAUGGCAUUUCCUAGUAGAGCACGCGUUUAUACCGAUGUGAAUUCACACAAACCUAGAGAAUAUUGGGACUAUGAAUCCUAUGUUGUCGAUUGGGGGCAGCAAGAUGAUUACCAAUUAGUAAGAAAAUUAGGCAGAGGAAAGUAUAGUGAAGUAUUUGAAGCUAUUAACAUCACAAAUAAUGAGAAGUGCGUUGUAAAAAUUUUAAAGCCUGUAAAGAAGAAGAAGAUAAAAAGAGAGAUUAAAAUCUUAGAAAAUCUUAAAGGGGGGACCAAUAUAAUCACACUCCAAGCAGUUGUUAAAGAUCCAGUAUCGAGGACACCGGCACUGAUCUUUGAGCAUGUCAACAACACAGAUUUCAAGCAGUUAUAUCAGACAUUAACAGACUACGACAUUAGAUACUACCUCUUCGAGUUAUUAAAAGCACUGGAUUAUUGUCACAGUAUGGGAAUAAUGCAUAGAGACGUCAAACCGCACAACGUUAUGAUAGAUCAUGAAAAUCGGAAACUGCGGUUAAUCGACUGGGGUCUAGCAGAAUUUUACCAUCCUGGUCAAGAGUACAACGUACGAGUAGCUUCGCGUUAUUUUAAAGGCCCGGAACUACUCGUAGAUUAUCAGAUGUACGACUAUUCGUUAGAUAUGUGGUCUCUUGGAUGCAUGCUUGCGAGUAUGAUAUUCAGGAAAGAACCGUUUUUUCACGGACACGACAAUUACGAUCAGUUAGUUAGAAUUGCAAAAGUACUCGGAACCGAAGAAUUGUUUGAAUACCUUGACAAGUACCACAUCGAAUUGGAUCCUCGUUUCAAUGACAUACUAGGCCGGCAUUCGCGCAAACGUUGGGAACGCUUCAUGCAUUCGGAGAACCAGCAUUUAGUGACUGCCGAGAGCCUCGAUUUCCUUGACAAACUUUUGCGCUAUGACCAUUACGAAAGACUCACCGCCCGUCAAGCUAUGGACCAUCCUUAUUUCUACCCGAUAGCGAAAGAUCAAAUUCGAUUAAGUAUGGUAUCAUCGUCACCUACUCCCGCGACAGGUUCGAUGCCUGUAGAAGGAACGAAAGCAUACCAGCCGGGGCAACGUACGUGGUAUCUGUAUCUCGGAUAUGGCGCCUGUGGUUUAACAACACGAGAGUCAGUUUCGGAAUCAAAAUCAGAAUCUGGACUCGCCGUUCUGAGCCGCUCCAGCCGAUUCGCAAUGGCGAACACCGCUGUUGGCAAAGAGGUGUUUGAAACGUUGAGCGUUGGGAACACACAUUACAUAUAUUCAGAGAAAUGUAUCGUUGCCAGAGGGUGCCGGUCCAUUGAUACCGUAUUCCCAUUGCGAAUAGGUUGCAGCGGGAAACGAGACAAAAAAAAGAAAAAACUUACGUUACGCUUUACGCAAGGUCGUUCCAGGCACCUAGAUAACAAACGGACAAACAAAUGUAAGCGCAUCCGCGGCCAGAAUAGGAACCAUGUUAUUUGUCACUGACGUAUAUUCGAUUCAGAGAUGUUCAGAGCAGGAGUAUGGAAUGACCAGUGCGGCUUAUAUAAUAAUACGAUAGAAAGAGAACGAGAGAGAGUGAGAGAGAGAGAGAGAGAGAGAGAGAAAAAGGAAAGAAAACGUGCGAAAUAAUAAAAGUAACAACGGCCCUUAACAGCGCGGAACGAUCUUCUUCGUUGCGAGAGCGUACCACGCGUUUUCAUUUUUUACACGAUGCGAGGUGUGCUGUACCUCCAACGAACUAUCCGAUUCUCCACGCAACACCGCCAUGGUUUUUAUCGUCCUCAGUGUUAUCAUUCUUCUUUCAUUUUUAACAAUGAGUCAGAGAAGAUCGUUUCGGAUGACCGUAGUUAGCGUGACCACAGAGGAAUGCGACUAAGCAAAUGUUUAAUUUGAAAUAGUCAAACGAUUCAAGUCUGUGUCGUAUGAUUGUCGAACGAUCGAGAAUUCGAAUAAAACUGUAUAAAGUGCUGCCGAUUA